GGUGCUAAUCGCCGUCAUAUGGGCCUUGAGUCCGGGGCGGGAAACAAGCCUUCACCCCUGGGGACAUGAUGACCGUGAAAGAGGUCUGUGGAGGUGGCUUGCUUCCCUGACCUCGGUUCGAAUCCCAGAGCCAGGAGGAACAUGGUGCAGGUUUUAUUAUUUUAGUUUUUUUCUUCUCCCAUGUGAUUACCUUCCUCUGCUCCUUCUCUGUGGUUCUCACCCGGGGGAGUGUGUGCGUGAGCCCUGUCACUUGUGUCCCAACACCUUUCAUAAUUCCCAAGGCCGUGUGAUGGCCAGUGACAGUGACAGCUCCGACGGGGGGCCACUCUACCAGGCCCUGCCCACCCCCAGGGUGCCCAGAGACUUCAAGCCAGUUGCUGCCCCCACCUCAGCAGAAGAGUAUAUACAGCAUGUUGUGUGGGAAGCUCGGCAGUGCAAGGGAGUUGUGACGGUGGAUGUGGAGGAACACAGACUCAACAAACCUAGUCCUGUGAUUCAGAAACAAGUCAAAGCCUCAGCACCACAGGGCUAUACUCCUUCCUUGGAAAGUCAACAGAAGCUCAUGGCACAGUUUUCCAAGUUACGAACACACAUUGCAAACCUCCGAGCAUCAGGAAGAAUACCUAAGCCUCCUAUUGCUUUGCCAGGCAUCACAAAGCGGGAAGAAUGGUGCAAACUGUGCUUUGGCAACAGCUUUCAAGUGGCUCUUCUGAAGCAGUCAAGCCAGGAUGCUAUGCAGCCAGAGUUAAUCAAGGGCCAGCAACCCUUACUCAGCAUACUCCUCAACAUUAAGCAGAAAGGAAUUGAGAACCUGCUUGAGUGGCAUGGCCAGUGGUUGGAGGUGCUGGGGUUCUCAGAGUCACAGGGCCGCUGGUUCUAUGCCCUGCUGGCCUGCCUGGAGAAGCCACUCACACCCGAGAGUUGCUCACGGAUCAGACACAUUGCCAUGAUGUGCGCCAAAAUUAGAGCUUCUCUGGAAUCAGCUGACCAUCCCCAUCUCUCUCAGCUCAAUGUGAUCAUUUGUAUAGUGGCACGUUACUUUUGUCAAGAGGACCUCGUUGACCACUAACUAGCACUCUGAGGCUGCCUUACUGCCACCUGUGUUUGCCAGGAGCUCAUAAGACUGACUUUGUGAAGUGGACUGUGUCUUGGUUAUGCUUCUCUUACAGCCAUAUUUGUUUGGCUGAUAUUGAAACUGAAACAUGAAGUGAACCCUUAAGCAAUGAUAGUGAAAGCUAUGAAAGUAAUUAUUCAUUGUCUGUGUAAAAGAAUUCCUGAAAAUGCAAAAAAUAACUUGAAUCAGAGAAUGUCUUAUAUCUCCCAAGUUUUGAAUGUGUGUGAAUGUUUGAGUGAAGUAUGUUCUAAGGUAAUGGUGUCUGGAUGGCACUGCAGGUCUGGGAACAAUGGUCUUCCCAGCCCCCACCAGUCAUUCUAAAGCUCAUCAGCUGAUCCACUGCAUUAUUGACCUGCCACCAGAACCUUUAUUUGGUUGCGUUUUGCUCUCCAGACAAUACACAAGGUAAAAAUGUAAUAGAUUCAUUCACAAUGCCAUGCUGCCUGGCCACACAAUCACUGGUUAGCCAAUUUAGCCUAGAGGAGACAGCUGGCUUUGCUUGGCUAACCUCCCACCACACACAAGGUAUGACAGUAGUAAAUAAACUCAACACAGUGCUGCUUGGCUAUGUGUUCACAGAGAAGAAAAUAACUGGUUGUGCAUGAUUCACAAGCUACAAAAUUUAUGUGCUGUUGCCAUGGAAUGUUUUGUUCACAAGCUUGUUUUGCAUGUUUUAGGUCUAAUACAGGCAUCCGCUCACUCUGAAACAUGCAAGAAAUUCAUCAAAGCCAAAGGGAGGAUAUAAACUUUGCUGUGACUGGGAAAUGAACCACUACUGGCGACAUGGGAAGCUAGUACUCCACCCAUUCAGCCAAUAAAGGUACAUCCACCAGUCCAUCCAAGUCAAGUGGAUUUUUGGUUGCUUUCCACAUUGGGUGGGUCACUACUUGGUUUUCAUUUCUUACAUAAGUUUACCAUUAACCACCACAAAGAACAUGAACUAU